AUGUACAACAGCUGUGGUGGAUCUGGUACAGGAGCAAAUGUUUAUGAUCAGUAUGAUAUGAAUGCACAGGGGAUGAACCAAAACAGAGUCAAGGUUGAGGACGCUCUGUCUUAUCUCGAUCAAGUAAAGACCCAAUUCGCUGAUCAACCGAAUGUAUACACGCAAUUUCUAGACAUUAUGAAGGAUUUCAAAUCACAAGCAAUCGAUACACCCGGUGUCAUUACCAGAGUUAGCAGACUCUUCCAUGGGAGAUCUGCGCUCAUUAUGGGUUUCAAUACAUUCCUUCCACCAGGAUUUGAAGUGCGAGUUGUGGGAAAUCGAAUUACAAUCACAGAACCAAGUGGAAAUACCCAGGUCGUGAUGAAUACUCCACACGAGGAGCAUGUUGUAGAACCACCCAAGCCAGAAGAAGUACCUGUACAGCCCAUACGUCCGAUUGUAGAGCCAGUUGAAAGUACUCAAGGUACACCUACUCCAGCAGCUAUUGCGUCGUCUCCCAGUGCGACAAAUACUCCUAUUUUGAAUCACAGCAGCCAAGAUAUUAAUGAAGCCAUAGGCUAUGUUAAUCGUAUUAAGGCUCGCUUUGCAAAUAAGCCUGUUGUGUAUAAGAAAUUUCUCGACAUUCUGCAUUCGUACCAAAGAACUGUUGAUCAGCAGGCGCGAACCCCACAAACAGAAAAGGUUGUGCUAGAUGAGGUUACAGCUCUGUUUGGUGAAGAACCAGACUUACUUGAAGAAUUCCGCCAUUUUCUUCCCGGUGUUCAUGGCUUCAGAGGAGGAUCAGAUGUCCCAUGGGAUAAUAAUGAGCGGAAGGAAAUGAGUGCAGAGGUUGUCAUAUCUUCUGAUUCCGAUGAUCUCGUUCGUGAAGAAGUGUCUGACUCAGAACAGGAACAAGGUGCGAGACCAAAGAGAAAGGCCAAGGCUAAAGCAACAACAAGCGCAUCCAGACCUGUCACACGAUCAUCGAAUACUAGCAUAUGGAAAAGGGAUGUUGACAUAAAAGAAGUGGCAAUGAGUGCAAGCGUAGAAGAUAUCGUCUACUUUGACAAGAUCCGCCGCUGCCUUGAUGAAAGAAAGCAUGAUACGUUUCUUCGCGCUCUCAAUUUGUACAGUGCAUCAAUCAUAUCUGGCACCGAACUUCUCACAAUGCUGGAAAAUGUCUUCGGAAACCAAGCCCAUCUUCUCGAUGGUCUGCGUAAGAUUCUUGGUGUGGAAGAUGACUCUAAUGCUCAAGCAACAGCUGGAACCAUCGAACAACGGUUUUCUGGCGAUCUUGCACAUCAGAUCGACUACUCAAGCUGCAAACAACUGGGCGUCAGUUACAGAAGUCUGCCGGAUAGCUUCAAGCGACCGACUUGUUCUGGAAGAACCCCCUUAUGUAACGAAGUGUUGAACGACACAUGGGUCUCAUUUCCGUCAUGGUCUUCUGAAGAUUCCACCCAUGUAUCGUCAAAAAAGACGCAAUAUGAAGAGUUUAUAUAUCGCACAGAAGAUGAGCGUUUUGAGCUUGACAUUAUAAUUGAUGUGAACAAGUACGCUAUCGAAUCUCUCGAACUUGUUCGUCGACGCAUGGAGCGCAUGACUCCCGCUGAACUCGACAAGUUCAGACUUGAUGAGAAACUUGGUGGUAGCUCUCCUUCACUCAUGCUACGUGCUAUAAAGCGGAUAUACGGAGAACAUGCUUCAAAGAUUACGGAGGGUAUCAAAAGGAAUCCCUCAAUGACAAUCCCGAAGGUGCUCGAUCGCAUGCGCGACAAGGAAAAAGAAUGGAGAGAAGCACAAGUGCAAAUGAAUAGAAUCUGGCGUGAACAAAACGAAAAACAUAUGAUGCGCUCGCUUGAUCAUCAAACUAAUGCACUACGCAAUAGCGAUUCGAAGUGGAUCAAAGCAAAGGCGCUGCUCCAUCAUAUAGAAGUUAUGUUCGAUGAAAGGCAGCAGAAAUCAGAAGAAGGCCAAUGUGAAGAUGUCGGACCACAUAUGGUCAUGCUAUAUCCAGAAGAUAGAUCUAUCAUACAUGAUACGUCCAACCUCAUUAUUCAUUAUGUGAAAAGGCAGUCAAAUAUUCACAAAGAGGAGAAGAACAAGAUCAAGAGCAUACUGAGAAGAUGUGUAACGGAAUGGUUUGGCAUCGAUGACGAGGAAAUGAGUGAUGGCGAGGAGAACAACGAUCCAUUGAUUGGUGCUGGACCACCGAAAAAGCGACGGAUGGGAGAUGGUCCGGAUGACGAACCUCCGAAGUUGGCACCGACAGCCCAUUAUAGACUUGUGUAUGGCGGAAAUUCACUUUUCUUAUUCUUCCGCAUCCAUCAAAUGAUCUGUGAUCGACUGGGAAAACUAAAGCAGAAGCAUCAUGAACAAAUAAAAAUUUAUGAGGAGGAGUUGAAAGUGGCUGCUAAACAAGCUGAGUUAUACAAGAUACAUGGUAAAGGCCUUGGUAGUCACGAGCAGAAUGCAAGUGAUACAAAUAAUGGAUUGGCAAUUAUUAAGACUCCGCGACGUAACCCUACUUCUAACUACGCUGAUCUGCUCUCAGAGAUCAAGAAUCUUCUGGACGGAAAUAUCGACUCAAAUACAUUCGAGGACAAUGUUCGACUCCUCUUUCCGAUAGAUGGCUACCUUAUGACUACAAUAGACAAGCUGAUCGCCAUGGUGGGCCGACAAUUGCAUUUCCUGGCUACUGGCCCUGAUGGUUUAGAAACCAUGAAGCUAUAUCAGAAGUACCGCUACGAGAAGCCAAUCUCAGUAUUCAGUCAAUCGCAAAAGAAAGCGAAGACGGAGGAAGAGUAUGCACGAUCUGCUGAAACUUUCUUUAACUGCCAGAACUGUUUCAAGAUUUUUGUGAUUUAUGAGAAGAAACCCGUUGUCACAAUAGAACUCGUAGAUACGGAGACAGAAGAAGAGGCCCAAGAGGAGCCAGCCCAGGCCAGCGAAAAUGUUGCACCAGAAGCAGCCAGCAGUGAUGAUGAAUCGGAGCAACAUGAGUCCACUGAUGAAGAACAUCGUCGUCAGAAUGGUAGCGCCGAAGCUAUGAAACCAAAUGGUCUUUCGAAAAGAAACAGAGCUACAGAUCUAAAUUCUGGUGGCCCGCAGUCAUCUACAAGCACUUCCGUUGCGCUAAAGCGAAGUCGUUUAUUCUUGAGACGUAAUGUUCGAAUGCGAAGUCCCGAAGUAGCUGGAGAGUUUGUGGUAUUUGGCAGUACUAUACCUACCCGCUGCACUUAUGCAUGGGAAGGAAUGGUUCGCAGGAAUCGUUGUCGUGGGCUGUCGCAUAUGGAACGCAUGCACUAUAUACGCAAAUGUCGUGCAGGUGAAAUGUUCGCAGAAGAGCAUGGUGCUACGUGGCUUGCGAAGGGAAUGCAGAAGACCAGGUCACACCAUCCCAUUUAUGAAUUUCUUCAAUUCAACAGGUACUUACUCAAAAAUACAUCAAGGCAGACACGUGUAGGAUUGCAGCGUGCUAGUUAACCCUAAGUAUAACCUUUUGAAGAUUGUGAUGCUGUUGAGCAGCUUUUUUUCACUACUCAUGAAAUAGAUAAGUUCCAUAUUUACUAGUCAUAACUAUAAUUUUCACAUGUUGAUGAAUCUCCAUUUCUUUUUACUAUUUAUUACAUUACUUACAUGGUGUAUAACUGUCAUAACAGUGCAUGUAAUUCUAACUGCAUAAAUAUAAUACAUACUUAAA